CUCCUUCUUCUGCCUUGGCUAUACAUAAUAAUAGCACCCUAAACGUUGCGUCACUUGGCUUGCGGGAAAUUGUCUCUUGUAUUUAUAUUUUGCAUUUGGUCAGUAAGAGGAGAUUGAGAGGACCUGAAACUAAUCUGGCGAAGCAAGAUAUUGGCUACUCGCGAGGUUGUGUCCGGCUUAGAACGACUGUUUAUAGCUUGAGUUGCAGGUGUGUUUAUUAGUCUCCAAUGUUGGUUCCUUUCAAUUAUAUUACUACAAGUGAUGGGUCUAUUGCAAUUGUGCCAAAAAUCUCGGGGCCGUGGCGUCUGCCUCUCUGGCAUACUGUCUUGUGGAUAGCGGGCUUCCUUACCUCUCCAUAGUUACAGUCAUAGAGACCUAGUAUCACAUUCUUGCCUGAGUACUUAAAAUUAUGUCUUCGAGAACAACCACGAAAUCACGCGGAAGAGGACAUGCUCAGCUUGUGUCUAUGAAAAAUAACAUGAUUCAAGUGCAACUGUCCAUAUAACAUAAAAUGGCUACUCCGGUUCCCACAACUGACUCAGAAUGGAGGAUUUUAAUCUCUCAAACGCUAAAUGCCCUCCCUGAAACAAAUAUAGCGAACUAUCCACCCCCGACAGACCCUCAGACUUCGAUCCCUCAGACAAUAGACCACACCCAACUCGCACCCACUGCCACAGAAGCUCAAAUCGACACGCUCUGUGCCGAAGCCAUCAAUUACAACUUUGCAACCGUCUGCGUACGUGCAAAAUAUGUCUCACGCGCUGUUGCGCGGUUGAAGGAAACUGGAAUCGGCGUAGCAUGUGUCAUCGGUUUCCAUGAGGGAACGUAUAGCACAGCAGAAAAGGUUUCCGAAACCCAAAAUGCAGUCAACGAUGGUGCAUCGGAGCUGGAUAUGGUUAUCAAUUACCCACUGCUAAAGGAAGGAAAAUAUACAGAGGUAUAUGCGGAUGUCCUCGCGGUGCGCAAAGCAGCGAACCAUGCUUCUGAAUGUCUCAGUAACAAUGCUGGCGGAAAAGUUGGCUUAAAAGUCAUUCUUGAAACGUCGCAAUUGAGCCGCGAGCAGGUUGUUGCGGGAUGUGUGAUAUCCUGUCUUGCUGGGGCAGACUUUGUCAAGACUAGUACGGGUUUCAAUGGGCCCGGGGCUAGCGUGGAGAAUGUUGCGUUGAUGAGGUCAGUCUGUGAAGCUCUUGGGAAAGAGGUUAAGGUUAAGGCUAGCGGUGGUGUGAGGACGUCGGGAGAUUGUGUGCAAAUGAUUAGGGCUGGGGCGGAGAGGAUUGGAGCCAGUGCUGGGGUGAAGAUAGUGGAUGAACUGACGGGAAAAGAGGGCAGUGCAACUGGAGGAGAUGGGGUUUAUUGAGAGGAGUUUAUUGUGUGGGGAGGAUGUGAGUGCGGAUGGAUUUUGCCUUCAGAAGUGUACUGGCUUGGCUAUUGAUGAAAUAAAGCACUUGUGUAAAUGUUCUAUAUGUGUUACAGGAUAUUGAUUUUACGUUUAAGGUGAAUUGGGCCAUUGGAUAUAAUAUUUAUCAAGCGAGCCAUACAGUAACUAAGUUAAUUGCUCACAGAGGCAGAUGCGGACUUCACAGCAUCGGGUUGUUUACCUAUUGUCAAAGUGCAAAGCUCGCAAUGGGCGAUUUUGGUAAUCAGCGCUUUGAGAGGAAAUUUCAUAUACAGAUAGAGAGUAGCCGGAGUAGAAGUAAGUCAGUCAGAAACAAAGUAGGAUGGGAUGUCCAGUGCUCCCAAGUAGAAGUCUGAGAAGUGGGAAAAUUUCAAAUUUUUAGAGAAUCUUGA